UUAUACAGAACAUAAUAACCUUCAAAUUUAUACCUGGCGACAGACGACGCGAUGUGUGCGCGACUCAGAAAGACACUUAUUACUCCACGUCAUCGUCCUGAGAAAUGUGCUUCGUCAUAGCACCUGUGGAUUAAUCGGGUUCCAGCACUAGACUGGACGCGUAAGUCUUCGCUACCAAGAUGCCGCGUCAACUUCCGUGGAAAGUGAGCGGCACCCCGAAUGCGCCGCCCCCGAAACGCCGCAGAACCGCCGACAGUCCUGCUUCAUCAGCGGCUCAGAGCCCUGUGCCGUCCGAUCGCUCGGCAACAUGGCCCGUUGCGAGAUUGAAAUCGGAAACACCGAAGCCUUCGAGUUCAAAGUCGCGCCUGAGUUUGACUGCUAAACUUGAACGGUCACCGUCGACUUCGCCACCCCCGGAGCCGCCUGUUGAAGAGUUCAUGAUCGAAGGCAUCGACCAUGAUGAUAGAUAUCGCAUGGUCGAGGACGAAUUUCUAUCCACUGCCGGAUUUUUCACCAGGCAUCUUCAUGCGGCCGAGUAUCAGCGAUUAAAAGCUCUCACUAGUACUCGGAAUGCGGAGACGAUCAUGGCCAUCUCGCGGCCAGUCACGGGCCAGAUGACCAACUUGGUGAAGAAACGCCGAGCUGCCGGUGACCUUGCGGUGUCCCAACGCCGAGGCCUUAAGAAGGCCAUCCGGAAGGGCAAGGGUGCACACGGUCGCUCAGAUAGCGACGAUGAGGACGUUGAGGAUCCCUGGGCAGGCACAUCUCUUCAGGGCCUCAUGGACAGUCCACGGAAGAAGGCAGUCCCAUUAUCUACUAUUACAGGAACCACAGCAAGCACUCGGACUACAGCCGGGUUCCAUGACAGUAACCAUGGAAGUGGCUCGCGGAUCCCCAGGACUGUGAAUAAGCUGGAACUGAGACCCACGGCGAGCGGAAAGGGUCAUGGCCGACUAAAUGAGCAGCCCGGCUCGGACACCGAGCCCGACACUGAGUCGGAUGGGCUAGACGGCCAACCCACGUUGUCCGGAAAAUACCGGGCCAAGAACCAUGGCAAUAGCCUGUCAGGUCAGAGCCUGACGAGACCAGGAGCCUUGGCUAUUCGGCAAGAGUCAUAUCAGCUAUCUCGCGCAGCAGAAGCUCCGCGUACCGAACCAACAGAUAUCGGGAUAAAAACAGAAACAACCAGUAACUCAAUCCACGACACCCCGGCGGACGAUGAUGGUGACGGCGACGAUCUCGAUUUCAUGAGCCGCAUACGGGACAGGAGAGCGCAACAGAGACGGCGACGAGAGACAUCUGAGACCGAAGAUAAAGACAAGAAGGGCCGCGGCCGUAGCUCUCUGGAUGCCAUUCCGCUUUUCUGAACGUGUGUCUGAUCUCCCUUGAACAAUACCUUGCCUUCACUCAGCAGCGUCAACGUCGCACAAGUAUCAGAUUUGG